GCAGCACAGUCUAGACUGCGUCCCUUCUGCAAUUCACGGAAUACGAAUAAGAGCAUUUGUUCUUUCCGGUGAUGCAGAUCGAUGUGUUCGAGUUCGCCGAAGUUGGUUUUUUCGCUUGCUUGUCAUCCUUGUCAGAAUCAGUUGCAAUUCUCAUAUCAAAUACCAUUGCAGCCGGUACAUAAAAAUUCAGUUUCAAACUACGUAGAAGUAGAUUUCUUUAUUCGAUAUCCGGCCCUAGCACCCGUGAAAAUCGUCGUAUCGAGUGUCCUCGUGCAACGUGCUGCUUCAGAGCGCAGGUUUCGAAGUUGCUUUGGGUACUGCAAAAUUGACAUUGCCGAAUGUCGCACAUGUAGCAAAACUCUGAACCGCCGCACCCUCUCGGAAACCGAACUGCAGCCUGAAGAAGAGCCCCAACAAGCACGGAGGAUCGGUCUAAAACCACACACGCUUGGUGGAGAAGCAUGUUUUCCGCCGGAAAAAGGUUGCUGUCGUCGGCAAAGCCAAGCAACCUGCACGUACCACCAGAACCUGAAGUUCAUGAUGAUUUCCUAAGUAUGAGUUUCGGAAGUAGUUCAAGUUAUCUUUUUCUUUUGCAUCAUGUAGAGAUCGUUCAUUUGUCGCUCGGCCUAGAUACGCCAAACCAAUCCCGGCUGUUUUUUUUUACUCUAAACAUGCAAUGAAAAUAAAAUCAGGUAAUAACAAGCGCGUCCCAGUAUGAAGCGCUAAAGAUGAGCUCAAGAGCCUUGGUUGGCUAUUUUAGUGCGGGUUUCAGCACGCCAUCGAAAAUAUACGAGAAAUCCUUUGCCGAAAUGGCAGGCAAGAACAGCGACUACACCUUUUUCACCUGCGACAUAGACGCAGCGCCGACGGUAUUAAAAUUGAUUAUCAUGAUUCUGAUAUUACAUUUAGCUUUGGUUUCUUUUGCCGACCGUGAAUAUGGCGAUGAUUCAGGAGAGGAGAGGGUUCAGCGCGGUGGGGAUAUGUAGAUGCUCAUGUGAUCAUAUUGGUCUGCAUGUUCUACUUUCUUGUUUCAGGUGGCCUAUGAUUGCGAGGUGGUUGACGUUCCGUCAGUCUCGGUGUUGCCGCUUGGAUCGAAGCCAGAUGGGUCGACCUUUGACAAGUCGGACAUGGUAACGCUGCGCGCCGGAGAAAGCCUCGAUUAUGGCACGGUACAAUUUGUCGUGGUUCUUGUCUCUUCUGUUGUUUUGUAUUCUGUCUGCUCUGUUAGUGUUACUGUUGUAGUUUGUUAGAACUGUUUUGCAUUCGAUUCUCUUCUUGUAUGAUCCUCUGCGACGCACCAGUUAUCUGAAGGAGCAACCCUCUUCUUCUUAAGUAUCCGAAAACAAAACCCGCGGGCCGGCACUCGAUGCUGUUAAUCUCACAAGGUAAUACCCAAGGCUCAGGGCGUUUUGGAUGGAAUGCCGCUGAACUGCACGGACCUCACGGCGGGGCAGCGAAAGCCAUGGCGAUUUGACCCUGCAACUGGGACCACUUUGCCACCGCUACCCUAA